GUGUGGAUGUGGAAGACUACUGGCAUCGCACCCUUACCUUGGACCUGGAGCUGCUCCAUUUCCUUCCGAAGAACAUUGGAAUGUCAAGGCUCAUACGGAGUCCAGCUCUACUGAUGCUUAUGGCACCCUAGAGUUCCAGGGUGGGGCUCAUCCCACAAAGGCCCAAUAUGUGCGGGUGUGUCACGAUACCAGGCCUGAUCUUAUCCUACAGCUUCUCACUAAACACUGGGGGUUAGACCUUCCCAAGCUGCUGAUUUCAAUCAAUGGAGGUAUCGCAAACUUUGACCUCCAGCCUAAACUGAAGAGGGUGUUUAGAAAGGGACUGCUGAAGGCUGCAAAGACAACAGGAGCUUGGAUUGUUACUGGAGGAACCAACACAGGUACUAC